CCCAGAAAGCUAGUCACCUAAAAGCAGAAAAUAUAAAGCCGUUAUUUCUCCCAUUAUGAGGUAACCGUCCCAAUUGAGGAGACCUCCCAGUUCCACCACGUAUCCCAUGUUCUCUCAAUCAUUUAACCACUUGAAAAAACCACUAUAUUUCUUCUUCCUUCACUCAUUUGAAACUUGAAACAAACCAACAUUAGCAAGAUGUUCCGCAUAAGCAACACCAUGAUUGGAGUCCUCAACAUAGUGACCCUAUUCGUCUCCCUCACCGCCAUGGGCUGCUCCGCCUACAUCCACCUCCACCGCACCGACGGCACCGACUGCCAGAAGGUGCUGCAGUACCCUCUCCUAUUCGGCGGCCUCUUCAUCUUCGUCGUCUCCGUGCUUGGAAUCGUGGGCUCGCUCUGCCGCGUCAAUGUCGCCCUCUACGCCUACCUCAUCGUCACGUUCUUCGUCGUCGUGCUGUUCGUCUUCUUCUCCGUCUUCGCGUUCGUCGUCACUGAUAGCAGCAAGAGCAAGGUUUCGUCUGAGCACACUGUUGCGGAGUUCUCCACAUUGCUGCAACACUAUGUCAUCAACGAGGGAAACUGGAACGACGUCAAGAGUUGUUUGGUGGACGCGCGCGUCUGCCAGAAUCUCGCCGCCGACGUCCACGGUGGUGGCCGGAACAAUGUCUCCGCCGUUUUGAAUCACCACUUGUCCGCCACGCAGUUUGGGUGCUGUAGGCCACCGGUGAAGUGUGGUUUCAAAAAGAAGAACGCAACGUUCUGGGAAGUGCCAAAAACAGGUGGAGUAGUAGUGAAGGAUUCUGAUUGCAGGGCUUGGAAUAAUAGGCAAGAUAAGCUGUGUUAUGAUUGCAAUUCAUGCAAAGGAGGAGUGCUUGCCAACAUUAGGAACCAGUGGAAACAUCUCACUAUGUUCAACAUUUGUGUUCUUUUACUCCUCACAGUUAUAUACAUCUUGGGAUGUUACGCCAUCAGAAACAAUCGAUCAAACUCCAAGUACCACAGACACAGAGCAUACCCUUGA